CGCCGCCGCCGCGCUUCUUCCCCCGCCAUCUCGCCGCCACUUGCCUCCCCCCCUUCCUCCCACCCCGGGGACAAUAGAACAGGGCGAUGUCCUCCGCCGGCGGCCACCAGCAGAGCCAGAGCCGCGCCAUCCCGACCAGGACGGUGCCCAUCAGCGACUCCUCGCAGCUACCUCAUGACUAUUGCACCACGCCCGGGGGGACCCUUUUCUCCACCACUCCUGGAGGGACCCGAAUCAUCUAUGACCGCAAGUUUCUGUUAGAUCGCCGCAAUUCUCCUAUGGCUCAAACCCCUCCUUGCCACCUUCCAAAUAUCCCAGGAGUUACCAGCCCUGGUUCUGUGAAUGAGGAUUCCAAAGUGGAAGUAAACAACCUGAACAAUCAUGAUGGGAAGACUGUAAUUGGUGAUGAUGCUCAGUUUGAGAUGGAUAUCUGAUCUUCCUUGAGGGUAACCAUGGAGAGACAACAAUUCCUGAUCACCUGUGCACAUCUGAUUUGGCUGAUAGGAUCAAUAACUUGAAGGAUGGAAUAAGAAGAAAAAGAAGCUGUUUCCACUAGAAUCCUCACUUCAGCUUUUGAAGUGCCAAAGGAUAAAAGGACUGUUUUCCCCUUCCUUGAUUCCUGUUCAUUACAUCAUGUUUUCCCCACCCCUCUGUUUCUCACUCUCCACCCAUCUUCUUUUAAACCUAUCAGCUCCCUGGUCUGUGACAGAAUUGAAGCCCAUGAUAAAUUUGUAGAGCUAAGGAAUGUACCUUAGCUUCUCGCACUUUAAAGACAACUUGACAAACCAUGCACAUGCGAGAACCAUGACCCUUAUCUAUUAACAAUUGGAUAUUUAUUGCAAAAUGCAAAAGGCCACAAAAGGGGUGGAUAUAUGCUUGAAGGGAUAUGACACUGCCAUUGCUCUUCUCUCCCUUACUGCUGUUAACUUGAUGCCAGUUUCUGUGUACAUUUUGUUAAUAUGCUGAAUGCACUCCCUUGGGUUCUAGCCUUUGCUUCUUGGCUAGUUCUUACUAGCUUACACAUCCUUGUGUAUGGGCACAUGGUGGGAGGUGUCUGUCCCUAAUACAGCAUUGCUGUGGUUUCUUUUGUCCUUGAUAUGCUUCUGUGCUAUUCCUUUAGAGCAAUUGCACAAUUUAAAAAGAGCUGUUAUUUCAUGAUACAUGUAUUUUAUUUUCCGAUUUGUCCCAAAAAUUCCUUCCUAGAACUUCCCAUUUCCAAAAACUGAGAAGUGGUUCCAAAAAAGAGAAGUAGUUCUCUUUAGUUUGGGUCCAUCAGAGUUGAAGAGAACCACAUCUUCAUUCUGAUGUAAUCUCAAACUACAAUGCUUAAUUGUCCUGUAUACUUUUUCCCCCUCAGUCUUUUCUUUUCUUUCUUUCUUUUUCUCCUUUUGCUGCUGCUUAAUAUCUGCUGGGUUCUUUGCAAGUCUACUAUUGUGCCAAAAGGGUAAAUUGAAAUAACCUGGCUAUGCUUGACUAGGAUGGGCUUGACAAAGAGUCUUGUGAUUUUGGGCAAGUCCUGUGUAUGUUUGGGACACUGCAAGAAUGAAGUUAUAGGCACUGCUGAUUACAUAAUUCAUGACUUGAAAGAAUUUGGGGUGAUAGGCAACCAGUUGGUUAGUAGACUAUUAUUUUCAUGCCAUCUUCUCUGGUGAAAAAUCACCCAGUAUGAUCAUGUCACCAUCUUGCUGCUUGUAUGUUUCAUCAAUUUGCACAUUCUUAAACCAGCCAGAAAAGGCUUCAAAAUUGAGUCUGUUUGGGACCAAUUUUGGCAUGCAGAAAAGUGGUGCUGAUGGUCUCACUGUCAUUUGCUCAUCUGGAUUUCCUGCCUAUUUUCCUACCUGUUGGUGACCCAUCUGCAUGCUGCUUAACUUGAUGUGGGUGAAGUUCUCCCCCAUGAAUUGCUGCUUGCCUGAGUUUGAAAACCGUGUUUCAGGCUGGGGAGACAUCAAGAGAACCCUCCUGAGAAUAGUUUUUGGGCCACCUUGUUAUAAUAACAUUUGCCAUGGAGAGAAAGAAGUAGGUCAUUUAACUUCCACCAGAGGAUGAGUUUGUGCCUUGGUUGCAGUGCCACCUAAUUGCUCAUUAAAUAUGUCCUCCAAAGGCUACAACAUUUAUUCUGUAUAAUUGACUAGAGUAACAACUUUUUUAAAAAAAAAUUGUAUGCCCAUGGAAAAUCAGGUGGCAGAUUUUACCCCCUAUUAAUCUUUUGCUAAUACGAAUCCUUAAGAAAAUCUCCAGGUGAUAGGCAGGAAAGGAAGCAUUCCCCCUUGUUUUUCAUGGAGGAAGGAAUGCUUCUUUCAAGAUAGGGCUUCCUGUGACACAUUCAGGCAUCAUAUACCAAGUAUUUUCCCCAACACUAUGUUAAUGCAGGUCAAAGUCCUGCCCAUGUUUACUUAGAAGUUAGUUCUACAAUAUUCAAUGGGGCUUGCUUCCAAGGAAGUGUGUUAUUAGGGCCAUACCCUCUAAGAAGUAGGGAGCAUAAAGGGACUUGGAAUCUCCUCAGAUGUUGUUGAAAAAAAAAAUCCUUGACUGUUUGCAAUGGCAGCUGGGGCGGAUGGCAUAAUCAUUCAUUUUUCCCACUUAUCAAUUAUUUCUCCCAGUUGAUGGUUCUCUCAGAUUAUUUCAGGCAGUUUUCCCAGCAGUGGCUCAUGUACUACAUCUGGUAAGGUUUUGAAAAAUGGGAUGAGUGGAUUGUAUAAAACACUUUUGUGUUAGUGUUUCCCCCCACACCCACCCAAGGGACAGCUGCAGUUUCCUACUUGGAUGUUGUUGUUCAUGUGGAAGUAGACUGGCAUGGGAUCCCAGCCUCAGGGAUAUGGCAGCCACGCUAUGCAUGUAACUUAAGGGACAAUCCUGGGUGGUAAGCUGGGAAUGUGUUAAAUCCCAUUGGAUGUCAGCCUUUCAGGUGACAGGGAUCCUUCCACUCAAUUCAUGAACGUGCCCUGUGCUUCUGACCCUUGGAAUAGAUUUCUACCUUCAGUUGUCCAAAGAGUAUGAUUUCUUCUUCAUGUUCCAAAAGGGAGGGAUCUGGUAAAAUCCUUUUUGCUUUCUCUCUGAGUAUGUAGUAGCUUUGGGGCAGGGGAGAAAAAAACAGGAUUAUUAUUUUUUAAUUGUUAUUAUCUACUCUAAAAUGUGAAUAAUACAGAAGCAAAAUGCUUUGUAACUGUUGAUCUCUCAGGAAUAGUUUCUGUUUGCAGUGUUUCUGGGGAAAGCAAUGCUGCCUCAAAAAGAAAGGUGCAAAAGUGACUAAGCUGUGAUUAGCAGAUGAAGUGUUCUUGAGGUGCAUUUUAAGCUUCCUCAUUUUGGCCCAGGUGUUUCUAAAGUGCACUGCAAGCUCAGUCCGGAGUCAGAACACAGUUGGAUUUCCAUCCUGCCUCAUUUAAUCACCAGCAGUUGUUUCUGGAACCUCACCGGUUAUUCUGUCGAUCAGGCAGAAUGGAUACAGCUUUGCUCUGCACUGCUGAUGGUAGUGGAACUCCAAUUUGCCCAAUUAUUUAAACCAACUUAAUUGGUUACGGUGGAGGAGUGGGGGGGGGGCAGAAAUUCAAGUGUUGCUCACAGCCACUUUCUUCACUAUAGGAUUUGUUUUACUAGUUUUGGACUUAAGGGAGUAACUUCCAAGAGUUUUCUUCCCCUUUUCAGGGAUUUAGCUAUUAAUAUGAAAUGCAACAAGAUAUCCCAUAUUUCUCAAUAUUAGCUGUUGGUUAGAAUGGCUACACAAGGAGGGGGGGAAUUCUAAUAGCUUAACACUGACCUGAGACUCAAGUGAUCAGAUUUCUGCCUUUUGCUCUGCUGCAGAUUUCCUGUGUGUCUCUGGGCAAGUCUCUUAAUUUCUUUGUGCCUCAGCUCCCCAGUUUGUAAAAAUGGGGCAGUAGACUCCUACCUCACAGGGUUGUUGUGAGGAUUCAUUUAUUAAUGUUUGUAAGGCACUGUGAGAAGCAAGCAACAGGUGUCAUGAGGAAGUGAAUAAAUCUGGUGUUCUUUAAAGCCCAGCAAUAUGAUUUAGUCCUGACCAUGACAGGAGCAAGGGCCCUGCCUUCUUCUAGCAUCUGCUUGGCUAUCUUGCUAGGGCUUUGCUUGACUACUAAUUUCUAAUAAAGCAGUAUUUCUUUACUGCUUUAUUAAGACCAGCCUGGAUCACUCCUGCCGAAAGUUGCAUAGAGCAAAACUAAGAUACUCAGUAAGAGGUUUUCCUUUUCUCCAUUUCAGCUACUCAGUCCCUAUUUACCUGUAUCUUGGCAUGGUGAAAUGGAAAAUGCUUGCUGAUCCUCUUGCUGAGUAGACAGUGGGAAGACCUGUAUGCAUAUCUUGGCUUCAUGACGACAAAAGUGGUUGAGGUGUAUGUAGUUGGAAACCAACUUUCGGAUAUUGGGAGCUCAGGGUGUGUAUGCGGCAUGCACCCAGGAGCCAUGUUGAGACCAUGGGCUGCCAACUUCCAACCCCCUAGUCACACAGCCAAAGCAUACUGGCUAUGCUGGACAAUCUGGAAGUAAACCAAAUGUGAACUAUGUAUGUUGCAGCCUUUGUUGUCCUGGUGGGAGACUCAAAUUUUGUAAUAUCAAAUAUAGAAGCAAUUGGGUUUAUAGUCUCCUUCUUGCAUUAUUUCAUUUAGAGCUGCAUCCUGUAUUUCCAAGUGCUGUUCACUUACUGAUUCAUCACUAGUGGUUUUCAGAGGCAAGGAGAAAAUGGAAGGCUCAUUUUGAUUACCCAGUAAGCUAUCAGGUGUGCUGAUCGAACAAUCACAGUUAUGAGUUCAGCAGCUAGAAAUUUUUAAAAUGUCAGUAUGUACUUGGAAGGAAAGACAUAUAAACUGCAUCAUCCCCUGUUGUUAAUAAUCCUGAUUAUGAAAAAUGAAAAUUAUAUAUAUGGCCAUUCAUAAUAUUUAUUGCAGUCAGGUGUGGCAACCAAAGCAUUUCCUAACCAUUUUCUUCUUACACUGCCAUCCAGUGUUAAAAAUGCUGCAGAAUAACAUUUUUAUUAAUGAUGUUUUGAGGGGAUCGAAUUAUUUUAGGACCUUGACACUCAGAAUUCUGCAGCAAGUGUCUGGUUCCAUGUUAAUUAAAAUCUAAAAUUCAGACUUUAACAACUCCAUAAAAUCAAAUACUGUGGUUUCAGCAGACCCCCUAAACAACUUUUGAAAUGGCUUCCCUGGUCUCUGGAACAAUUCUGAGAAAGAGGAGGCUCUAGGAUUUUGUACAGCCACUAUAACUAUACUGAUACAUAAUAUCAGCCAUUUCUUCUAUUUGUUAUUUUGGAGUGAGGGGACUACGGUAUCUUCUUUCCAUUUUCCCUGGUCAUGUUUAGAAAAAGAAUGAUUUUUUUCCCCAAGCUUCACCCAUAAGGUUGAUAUCUUCAAGAGUUUGGCACAUCAUGCAUAGGAGACUAUUGGAAAAUGCCUGUUACUAUAUUUACCUUUUGGCACUUCUUUCCCUCGGAACAGAGAAACUUUUCAGAGGUUGCCUUUUUAAGGUUACUGUGCUGGUUGGUACAGACAUGUUUCAAUGGGCAGGCUAAUCUACAUUUUUGUAUUCUAACUUUUGUGGACAUCUGUAAGGGUAAACAGGAUGCUAUAUCACAUAACCUGCAUAUAUAUAUUUUUUACUGACUUUGCAGCAGUUUUUCUUAGAAACUAGUUGAUUAGAUGCACGGUACAGAUGACACACUUUUUUCACUCAGUAAUUUUUUUUAAGUCAUGGAUUUUUUUUAAAGGAAAAUUUGUGUGUGUGCCAAGAUUUGAGUAUAUUGGUGAAGCCAUUUAAAAAUAAACAUAGAAGCUGUUAUUUCCCUCUGGUUCUGACUACCACAGCACCAUUAAUAAUGACAAUUUAAUUACCAACUUACUUUAUUUUAAAGGUUUUCCAAUUGAAACAAAGAGUGGAGAUUUGGGGCCUUCAGUCACAGAACAUACACAUUAUCAUUUCACUGCUCCAGUAAUGGGUUUGGUUAGCCCUUUCCAUUAAAUCAUGGCUUCACAAUCUAUUUCUUCUUUAAUGCGAGGGCUGUGUCUGAAACCAAAAUUAUUAACCCUUGACAUACAAGUUAAAAUUUUCUUCCUGCUGCCCCUCACUUUCCCUUUGACUUAAUUGGUGGUUUUGUUUUGUUGAGAGGAAGGCUAAAAUAACCAGCUUCUUUUAUAAGGAGGGGAAAAAGGCAAGGAUCAUAAAAGGCAUGAUUCCUUGCUCAUUUAUGGGAAUGGCUCCCAAAAAGGUAGCUAUGUUCAUCCAGCAUAAAUGCUGUACCAAAUCACUGUUGAUUAGCUUUCAUGACUUCAGUUUUGCACUUUAAUUAAUGCAUAUCCCACUUCUCCCCAUUUAUUACUUUGAGACUGGAUUUAUGGAAAUGGAAAUUUUCUGUGUUUUGGAGCCCCAAUUAAGCCCAUUUUAGCAGUUCAGGCUGUUUAUAGAAAUAACCCCUUGCCCUACUGCAGUUUUCAAGACUUGCAUUAGGCAAUAAGAUAUAAUUGUUGACAGCUAAUCAGAAUGUUUGCUGUUGGUUUUGAUGCUGUAAUGAGUUUACUUGAAGGAUUUCUGCCCGAUGGCUGAAUGGGUAGAAGGUCCACAUUUGUUAUAACUUCUGAUGUGUUUUCUAGGCUUGCAAAUUCAAAAUUGCAACCUCUUAUCUGUGAGACAGCCUUGUAUUGUGUCUUCCUUACAAUGUGGCCUCUGAAAUUUUUGUUCAACUCGGUUACCAUUUUAUAAAAACACCUUUUUUGUAGUUGUUAACUACAAAUGCUGUCAUGAUGAUCUGGACCAGUGGUUCUUAACCUUUGUUACUCAGGUGUUUUUGAACUGCAACUCCCAGGCACCCCAGCCAGCAUAGCUGAUGGUGAAGGCUUCUGGGAGUUGCAGUCCAAAAACAUCUGAGUAACAAAGGUUAAGAACCAGUGAUCUGGACUGAUCCCCACCAGUUUAGAGAAGAAGACUGCAAUGUAGUCAGCCAGUUGAUUCAGAUCGUUUUGUUCUACUAAAGAGCAUAUUUUAAAGUAAUUUUGGUACAAGUGCUUACACAAAUGACAGUUCACAAAUGCUGUCUUAGAAAGAGACAUUCCUAAAUGACAAAAUGAGUGAUGCUUCUAGGAUUGUCUGUUUUAACACAGCAUAAUCCCACCUUUCUUUUUUGGACAUACUCCUUUAGAACUCCUUUGCCAUAAGCAGAUUUCUCUUUAUUGACUCGUAUGAAGAAUUCCUUAAUAAUUCAGUGGAAGCUUAAUUGGAAGAUAGCUUUUAUUCUUUAUUACUUUAUCUUUGUACAUCAUAAUGAAUGAGCCCCCUCCAUUCUGAGCCCCCUCCAUUCCCUCAGUCCAAGAUGACUUCCCCAUGGGCGGUUAGGUUUUUGACGAACUUGGUGCAACUUUGUAAUAAAGGAGCUUCACCGUCACACCUGGUCACAGCCAGUGCAUUGCAUAGAAAUACAGCUAUGGCAGCCUAUGCCCCCUGUGUUUCUUAACCUCCUGAAAACAUAUUUUUUGUCUUCCUAGCCAAGGUUCCCUCUAAGCUGGGCAUGCACAUGACUCUGCCUCCCUCUACACAGCUCUCUUCCUCCUCCAUGCAGCGAUCGCAUUUGGUUCUGGUCGUGAUGGAACCCUGCGUGUGAGGGGGUGGAGGCGCAUGCACGUGCAGGGGUGAAGACGCACGUGAGGCGGAGCCCCGCCUAGUGGGGCUGAAAAUUAGAGGGUACAUAGUUCCUAGUUAAAUCGUAGGGAAUGGUCUGCCAUGAAAUUUGGUAGCCCAUGUCCCUAGAUAAUAUUGAUUUUAGUGGCUGCUCCUUUUAACUUGUGCAGCAUUACAAAGCUACCAUUGGAAUAAAUAAGGUAAUUGUCCAUGUUAAAAUAAGUGUGAUUUUUAUAGCAGGAAAGUUAGGGAUGGUUCCAACCAGCAUUAUAUGUUGUUACAAACUUUAAGAUGAGCUGUGCUGGGCUAAACCAAAGGCCUCUCUUAGUGCCCCAGCAUUCUUUUCUUAUAGCAGCCAAUCAGAUGCCUCUGGGAAGCCCACAAGCUAGGUGUUAGCAUAAUUGCACCCUUUUGAACUACCCAGAGAUAGAUAUAGAAGCAUAGGGGUGAUACAUAGCCAUCCUGCUGGAUUGUCACUGAUAGUCCUAGCUUCUAGCUUAAGUAGGACGAUCCAGAAUUUGGGUAUUUCUGGUAACAUACGGGAGGGGGAUGGCAUUUAGAGAGAGUUCUCAGUAACCUGGAGUGGUUACAUUAUUUAGGGACACGUUUCCAGAAGUACCUAUAUUGUAUUCAUUUUGGACAUUGUGUCAUUCAUUUGAUAACUGAGAAGAGUUUGUGUAAACAUCUGUGGUGAAGCGCUUAUGGUCAGCACUGCAAAUAUUUGCUGAUUCUCAUAUAUGCAAUUUUUGCAUCUGUUUUGGGAGCAGAAAUAGUCUUGUUUUAUUAGUAACAUAUUAAAUAUAUGAAUCUAACAUGAGUCCUGCCUAAGGCAGAUACAUGGAAGGGAAUUGAGUUUUUCAGUCAAAACUAUUUCAAAUCCUAUUAAUUUCAGUAGGCCUGUUCUAGAAUGGAAUAUGCCCAAUGUCAUCCUAAAGUACUGUACCAUGUUGCUUAACUUCGAAGAGGACUUAAGCCACAUUUGGAAUUCUUGGCACAGUCACCCAGCAGAUUUUAAUUGGCACCAAAGAUAGCUUGCCUCAUGUGUCAGUGAAGGUUUUUCUCCAAUGAAGAAUGUUUUCUGUGACCUAAUUUUAAAAGCCAUAAUCCUGCCACUGUUGGAUGUUCCAUUAAAUCUGGAAUUUGAUUCAGAGAAUGGAAAUUUACUUUAAAGAAAAAUUUAAAGACACAUUGAAGUAUCCAUAAUUGAACAAUGGGUCCCAGGGCAUUCUUUUACCACUGCUGGGUUAUGGAUGUCAUUAUGUUCUUUCCUCUUAACAAGCAAUUUUGCAACAUAGCUUUGAUUAUUUAUAUGGGAUAUAAGUUGCUUGUCAGUUUUGCCACUGAGAAUUGACCAGGGCUCCUGUUUUUUGACCAGACGAUGCUUCCUAAAAGAGAGAUUAGUAUGAAGUAGGAAGAAUGGCAAAUGGUACCAUUCUCCCCCCCUCCCCAUAGUCUUAACUAUAGUAACAUCUGCCUGCCUCACUCACCCCCGCACAAACAGGUUGCCAAAAAAAAGAGUGCUUAUGAGAAAACUAGGAGUGGAUUUCUUUGUGAGAAAGGACUUGAAAACUUGGUUCUGAUAUUGACCCUACAUUCCUGGACUAAUUGUGUGCUGAGAGAGGCAGCCUGUUCUUAGUUCCUCGCAUAUGUCUGCCCAUCUGAGCCACUAUUCUGCACCCAGUUCUGGCUAGUGGACCUCAGGGUUAUAAUAAAAAACGAAAUAAGAACAAGAAAACCAAAGUAGAUUGCACAAGUCUGAAGUCUGCCCACCUUUACCUUAAUAAAACCAUAGAUGGUUUCCAUGUCAGUAGACCAUUUCUUUCCCUGGAUCUCUUCAAGCAACCUAUAGCAUUUCCACAUCAGGGAAUAGAAUUCUUAUGUCAGCCUUGGGUGCCUGCUUUCCACUGCCAUGGUAGUCCUAGUACAUCUCUUCAAUUGCUGGUGCCUCUUCAACCAUUCAUGGUACUGUCCUUGAUAUUUCAAAUAGAUAGUUACUGUCCCACCUAGUAGUUAGAUUUUGUUAUGUUCAGUACUUCUCUGUAGGUCUUGAGACUGUGCUGAAGCAGGAUUAGUUUUGAAUUGAGAUCUUUAGGACUUAACUUUUGCAUCCUAAUUUUGUCAGUGAAUAGGUUUGGCGGAUAGAUGUAGCAACGAGUUCUCAUUCUUUCUACACAUGAUCUUGAGUAACCAGAUCUUUAAAAAAAAUAACAUGAACAAGUAGUAAAAAAAAUUCACCCAGGAAACCUUGAUAGGCAUUUUAUGGGGCACCUCUCAAAACGUUUAUGCCUCUGUUAGUGAGGUUGAUGUUUCAUUCUGUGAACUGAGCAUAGGUCAAGACAGCCCUUAAAGUAGACGGCAGAAUUAAAAAAUUCUUAUGCAAUUUUUUGGUGGUGAUGAGCUGCUUGCCUUUUCAUCUCCCCACUCCUGAUGUUAUGCUGCACAGGGAGCGUGAUCGGUUGAAAGAUUGCUUUUGCUAGUCAUCUGCACAAGUGGGUAGCUGGGAAAAUGAGAAAUCUCCAGCGUGGAGAGAGGGUGAGUGCAAAAAUCUGUAUGUGGAUAGAUGUUUAUACACACACAAAUAUAUAUAUAAAUAUAUAUGUAACUUUAGAAAAAAGUGAGAACAGUAUUGGUUCUUUUUAAAUGGGAAGAAAUUUACUUAGUUCUGAUAUAUACGGAGCUUCUGGUUUAGUGGGUGAUAUGUUUCACAAAACCAGCUUUAGACACAUCAAGAAUAAUUUAUAUAAAAUGGAAAUCUAAGGGACAUACGCAGCCAGAACCAGAUAUAAACAUCUUGUGUGUGAGUCAAGCAAGAGGUGUGGGGGAAAUUUCUCUGCACCUUGGUCCAUAAAAAUGAGGAACCGAAGACUUCCUUUGCUCCUCCUCUGUCUUCCCUUUUGUGUCCGCUUCACUGCAAGAUGGUGAUCCAGUGUGCCUUUCUUCGCCUUUGACAGGGGAAGAGCUAUUUAUAACAUGGAGGGGGAACUUUGCUUUCCAGGCUUUUGUUGGCUGCCUUGAGAGUAAUGAAGAGGCUGCUGCCAAUACUGAAUGUCGUUGACUCACAUGUUGAACAUUUUUGGUUAUACCUACCCCUCUACCCAUUUACUGCUCCAUCUCCUCACCCUCCAUCUUCUUUGUUUAAACGUAAUCCAGUUUUUUUAAGCCAAUAAGAGGUUAUUUGAACAAUCCUUGGACUACUUCUGUAAAAAUCUGGUUUUUACUGAAACAGGUGUUUGGGAAAAACACUCUCGCCAAUGGUUGCUGUUACAGUGAGAUCAAUAAAGAUCUUGAUUAUAUCAAGCUACA